CCAACGCUCACGACACAACACUCAAAAUGACCAAGAAACGACGAUCCGGCGGUCGCAACAAGAAGGGACGUGGCCACGUUAAAUUUGUCCGAUGCUCCAACUGCUCGCGAUGCGUGCCCAAGGACAAGGCCAUCAAGCGAUUCACCGUGAGGAACAUGGUCGAGAGUGCUGCUGUUCGAGAUCUCAGCGAGGCUAGCGUCUACUCUGAGUACGUUAUCCCCAAGCUGUACAUCAAAAUCGCAUACUGCGUCUCCUGCGCCAUCCACUCGCACGUCGUCCGUGUCCGAUCCCGAGAGGGUCGCCGCAACCGUGCACCUCCCCCUCGUAUCAGGUGGAAGGAUGGCAAGAAGGUCAACCCCGCCGUCGCUGCUGCAGAGGAGGCAAAGAACAAGGCAUAGGCUUUCUAUAUUUCAUUCAUUCUGUACUAUCGCACUCGCAAUCAAUUGCAACUCCUCUGAAAAUCGCACAUCUCAGUUGGAAUAUUGAACUCAAGAA